AGAAAGAGAGAGAGUGAGAGGAAGGGAAAGAACUCAAAGAAGACUAGAAGAGUUCAUCUUUUCCCCCUCCACCCUCUGCAACUUUCCGCAUUGGCUUUUCUCUACUUUUUAGCUUCUUUUUUUCAAUCUUUUCUUGCUUAAGAGCUUUUCCAUCUCUCUUUUUGCUACUUAAUCUUGUUUUUAAUUGGUUUGUUAAUCAGCUGUUGCUUAGUUUAAAAGAAAAAUAAAAUCAUAUUCACUGUAAAAAUCAGAUUUUCCUUCUCCCCAGUGUUCUUAGUUAGCUCUUUGUUCCUCCUUUUUCCCCCCAUUUUCGUUCUUGUUUUAGCCUGCUAAAAGGUUCAAUCUUUGUUCAAAGAUUUUCGGUUUGAUUCUGUUAAAGAGGAUUUUUCUGAAAGAAGUGUAGUUGAUUGAGGAAAAAGGUGAUAUUUUGGAUCAAUGGGUGGGUAUGAAUUAGCUGUUUUCUGCUUGAGUUUAAAGGUCAUGGUGGGACUUUUCUUGAUUUUGGCCAUUCGUAUGGUGGAUGGGGCUAAUCCUAAAGAUGUUGCUGCGAUGAAUAAUUUAUAUGCUGCUUUGAAAUCCCCUCCUCUACCCGGGUGGAGUGUCGAUGGAGACCCGUGUAAUGGAAAAUGGCAAGGCGUUCAAUGCGAGGGUACAAACAUAGUUUCAAUUACAAUCAAUGCUGCAAAUUUGGGCGGUGAAUUGGGCAAUAACUUAGGAUCAUUUUCCUCGAUCAAGAAAAUAGAUCUGAGUAACAACCACAUUGGAGGCGCAAUUCCAUCCAAUCUCCCGGUUACGCUGGAUAACCUGUUUCUUUCAGAUAACGAGUUUAUUGGGAAUAUUCCUGAUUCCUUAUCUUCCCUGUCUCAACUAUCAGCUAUGUCUCUAAAUGACAACCAUUUGACCGGAGAAAUUCCCGAUUCCUUUGAAGGCCUCGUUCAUUUGAAGAAUCUAGAUUUAUCCAAUAACAAUUUAAGUGGGAGAUUACCACCAUCGCUAGGAAAUCUGUCCUUGGUGACUCUUCAUUUGCAGAAUAAUCAGAUUUCUGGAACCCUCGACGUUUUACAAGAUCUCCCACUUCAAGAUUUAAAUAUAGAAAAUAACCUGUUUUCCGGACCCAUACCUCAGAAGCUCUUGACCAUUCCAGUUUUCAAGAAAGACGGGAACCCUUUCAACAGUAGUAAUGUUCCUUCACCUCCGCCAACACCAUCUCCAGCACCGCCCUCUGAUAAAAAACCUGGAAAACAGGUUGACGGGCCAUCGCCAACUGAGCAGCCAAACUCCAAGAAAAGCAAAAAUUCAGCGGCUACUAGAAGGAUCGUUUGGAUUUCAAUUGUGGCAGUAGUAUCAUUUAUAAUGUUGGUUUUAGCAAUCCUUCUUUGUUUGCCAAAGUGCUUUAAGAAAAGGCAAGAUACUCACAGAAUUCCCAGUCGGCUUGAAAUCGCUCCACCUGUGGUAUCAAGAAGGAGCCCAAGUGAUAAUGGUUCCAUGGUCCAACCUGGGCAUGAUUUAAAGAAAGCAACUCCUCCCGUGGUUGCAUUGAAAGAGGAGCAUCAACCAAACAGACCCGAGGUAACUGCAGAAAACGUGAGUGCUAUACCAAAGGACAGCCACGAGAUUAACAUUACCCGAUUCGAUAUUGAUGCAAUGCCACCACCGCCUCCCCCUCCAGCUCCGACAGAAACUGUAGCUAAUCCUCCAACGAGACGACUUCCACCAACGUCUGUGAAUGCCUACACAAUUGCAUCUCUUCAGCAAUAUACCAAUAGCUUUUCUCACGAUAAUCUUAUUGGAACGGGAACACUGGGCACUGUGUAUAAGGCAGAGCUUCCUCGUGGCAAGUUGCUUGCUGUGAAGAAACUGGACAAAAGAGUCUGCAAUCAGCAAAAGGAUUACGAGUUUAUAGAUCUGGUAAACAACGUCGAUAGAAUACGCCAUGCUAAUGUUGUUGAACUCAUGGGUUACUGUGCGGAGCAUGGUGAAAGGCUCCUGGUGUACGAGUAUUGCGAUAACGGGACACUGCAGGAUGCACUGCACAACAAUGAUGAAUUCAAGAAAAAUCUUUCGUGGAAUAUGCGCAUCACGAUGGCCCUUGGAGCCGCAAGAGCCUUGGAGUAUCUGCACGAGAGUUGUGAACCGCCAGUUGUUCAUAGAAACUUCAAGUCUGCGAAUAUUCUCCUUGACGAUGAGCUUGCUGUUCAUGUAUCCGAUUGUGGUUUGGCUCCGUUGAUAUCAUCGGGGGCUGUGAGCCAGUUGUCAGGACAACUUCUUACGACUUAUGGUUAUGGUGCCCCCGAAUUCGAGUCAGGGAUUUAUACGUUAAAGAGUGAUGUUUACAGUUUCGGAGUUGUAAUGUUGGAGCUUUUAACGGGCAGAAUGUCAUAUGACAGGACCCGGAGUCGUGGGGAGCAGUUCUUGGUGAGAUGGGCAAUACCUCAGCUUCAUGAUAUCGACGCCUUGACAGGGAUGGUUGAUCCUUCUCUUAACGGAAAAUACCCUAUCAAAUCACUAUCGCACUUUGCUGACAUAAUUUCCCGCUGUGUUCAGCAAGAACCAGAGUUCAGGCCCCCGAUGUCUGAAGUUGUGCAGGACAUCAUUCAAAUGGUAAGGAGGGAAUCUUCAAACAGAUCCGACGAUGGCUAAGAUAAUAAUCUGAUAGUUCAUGAUUGCAAGCAAACUGAUCCACAGAAGAAUCAUGAAUCGCGGUUGAAAGACAAGCAAAAUGAAUGAUGCAAGGCCAAGGACUUGGACUCUGCAAACGUAACAAACAGAUCUUGAAACAGAAGUCGUAACCAAAUAUGGAAAUGGUGACGACAAUGAUGAUGACCUCCGACAAAUUGUUCUCAAGUUUUGCUGCAAAGUUUCAUGGACAAUGGUUGAAGCAUUGAGCCAUUGCAGGAAGAAUAGUAGAUGGACAGAUGUUGGGUGUUGUGUGAUUAUUUUGUAUCAUUAUAUCAUUCUAGUUAUAUAUCAUUUGGAGUGCUGCAUGUUAGCCAUGCCAUGUAAAGUUUAAACUCAAUCUUGUAUAAAAUUGUUAGCUAUUGUUAAUGCAAGCAUGUAAAUA